AUGCGUAUUUCCUUGUGCCCACUUGCCGUGCUGGCAGUUCUGGGCCGUCAAUAUGCCACCGCCGGCGUCGUCGGAUUCCCAGAGGACAAGCAUGCUGCGGUGGAAAGGUUUCCUACUUCUUGGACCCGUCACGUUGGAGCUGUGACUAGCCACAGUGCCGGCUCGGCCAAGACAUCGUCCAUCCAUCGUCGAGAUGACGAUGAAAAAAAAAAGAGUGAAGAUGCAUUUGACGACGAGAACCACACAGGAAUCAGUGCAGAAACGGCAAGUACGGCACCAACGGCGAACCAAGAACUCCCGAAUACGAGCAUCUUCGACUGGCUGCAGAACAAUAAUGUGCCAAAUCUCUGCUUCUUUGCCACUGCCGCCAGGCUCCUGCGCACGACGACCGAGGAAGUUCUGCGUCGUAGCGGCUUAGCCCAACCCGGAGGCGGAGUAGGAGACGGUCUGACACGAGAAGACACGAUUCUUGCGGCGCAAAGGCUCGGACUCUCCUUCUCCUAUUACACGUUACGCGGCAGGCAGGAAGCCUUAGGCCCCGGACCGGAUCGGAAUCCUCAUUGCAGGUGGAAUACUGUUGCCUUUCCGAGGCAUGGCUCGCCCCGUGAAAUGGGCGUCACCUACGUCACCUCCCGUGGCACGCUUCACAUUGUCGUCGCGAGGAACCCCGGAACGCCAUAUGCCACAUUCAGAGAUUACCUGCGAGACCCCAACGGUCUCGACGUCACCAGAGAGGUGCUCAACUCGCACAUCUGCGAAUACAUCUACGUCGAUUUCGGCGCUUCGUCCGGGUCCUGGGUGCAAAGCCGUCGGCCGCAAGUCCAGCAGAUGAACCGCGAAGCGCAGGCCGAGACGCAGCGACCGCCUCCGGCCCAACCAUACGAGCCGGUCCCUGGGAUGACGGUCGAUCCCGUUUCUGGCGGCGUCGACUUCUCGUCGCUCAAUCCGGAUCUGAACAACAGGAUCAACACCAACUCACUAACCCCGUCCCAGUGUGACGUCCUCCUCCUGCUGGGCUUUGCCUAUUCUUCGAGCCAACUCGGACGACGAUCGAUAUCCAGUGCACCCUCUCAGGAGGAAAAGCAAAAGGUUCAUGCCGAUAGUUGCUCCAAGCUACGAUCUCUGGUCAAGCCGUACAACGAGAUAUCUUCCCUCUGCAGCAAGAUAACGAGCCUCGACCUUUACUUUGAAUUAUCCACCAAGUUUGGAGCGGGCACGUACGACUACAUCCAGGCUACGCUCGCCGGCCCAGCCGGUAAGCAUACCGAGCCCAUUGCGUACGACCCUGAUGCCGGAUUCACCAAGACCAUUCCCAUCGACUUGAAAAAAGCCUUCGGCUCAGCCGUGAUUGAUCUUCACGGCAUUCAUACCGUUUCCCUCGCCGACAGUGGAGCAUUCUGGAAGGCCAUCCCCAACGGAAUGUUCAACGAUAAGUGGAAGGUUAAAGACAUAAGCCUACGCGCAAAGUGCAUCACGCCAGGCUUUCAAGUGCAAAACGACAUUCUGGCCAAGCCCACAUGGUACCAACAUCCAACCGCAUGGUUGUGGAAACCGUACACCUGGGCCGAUGUUGCCACCAUCAACGUUACCCAGGCGAACUGGCACAUGACACCUCCCUGCACGACAAUCAGCAAGCUCGAGUAUGAAUUUAAAAUAGCCGACAAGAUGACAGCCGGGACUGAUGAUGCCAUCUCCCUCGCCUUCCAACAAGGCAAGCGAGAGAUUGCCCUUGGCGAGAACGUAUCCCAGGGAUACACGAAAAAGGACACAAUUCCCCUCGUAGACAUGUUCGGUACCAGCAGGGUUCAACUUCGUGACAUCAAAGAAAUACAAAUAAUGGAAGAGUAUAGAACGUUGAUAUUCAGCGACCAAUGGUUAUUUCAAGGCAUUUCAUUGACGGCAACUUGUGCGGAUAUGCCAAAGCAAGUGAAAUUGGCAAAGUUUGAACACGUCAACAAAUGGCUCGGCGAUGACUCUACCAAGGUCGUCUGGACCGGCAAGGUACUGCUCGAAGACUGGAUGACGGUGAGGGCGACGUAG